ACUAUAGAAAGUGAAAAUAUUUGUCGCUGCAUUCUUUUUGGAGCAAACAACUGGUUAUUUGUUGAAAUAUCGGCAAAACUUAUAAAAUAUAAAUACAAACAUCGCGUUCGUGGAAAUUUCACACUCGUAAUUGUAAAAGACACAAGAAUAUAACGCAUAUAUAGCCCGUGUAUAUAUAGAAUAUAACUCGUGCUGUGUGCAACUGCCUGUGAAAGUAAACAUCAAAACAAGAAAAAUUGUGGAAAGAGAUAGAGAGAGAGGCGCUGCAAAAGCGGUUUAUCCUAAAGCAAAGGCCACCGUUUGACAAUUGUUCUAAGCUCAUGUGUUUCGUAGAAUAAUAUUGAAUACAGCUUCAGUAUUAAUGUGAUAUGAUAGCAGCAACAGAAUCAACAUAAUUCGAUAAGAAACACUAUUUUAUAGUUCGGCUGGAUUUGUUUCGUGAGCUUGCGCUGUUGUGUAUACAUACGUACAUACGAACCCUUCAGAAUCAAUCCUCAAGGAAAUUCAAGGAAUGUUCCCUUAACGUUGAGAAAACCUUCAGGAAUUUGUAUGAAAAAGUCGAGCAAUUUGUUAUACGAGUGUUUGCCUAAAUUGCAAAGAUCACACAUCCGAACACCAUGCUUUGAAUGCAGCCUCGUCGGGACAAAGUACCCCAAGCAGUAAUAAUUCCAAUAUCCCUGGCAGUGUAGAAAUCAACAGCUCUAGAUAUCGAUAUAGAAUACAACCCAGAAUUGAACCGAAUCAAAUUUACUAGCGACUUAUCAAAAUGACCACAGAUUUUCUGUUCCCAAAAAUAUCGGAUUGCUCCUAUGUUUCAUGUUACUGCGAGGAGAACGUUUGGAAACUUUGUGAACAGGUGAAACGCACGCGUCCCGAGGAACUGGCCAAGUGCUAUGCUGUAUUUGUUUCCAAUGAAGGGCGAACUGUGCCCCUCUGGCGUCAAAAAGCCGGACGCGGUGACGAUCAAGUUGUAAUUUGGGACUAUCAUGUAUUCUUCAUGCACAACCCCUCACUGAACCGCUGCUUGGUAUUCGAUUUGGAUACUACACUACCGUUUCCAACAUAUUUCCAUAAAUACGUAACAGAGACUUUUCGUUCUGAUCUGGCACUACGGCCGGAGCAUCAUAGGUUCUUUAGAGUUAUACCCGCAGAUACAUAUCUUAUUGAGUUCUCAUCGGAUCGUCGACACAUGCGCCGGCCAGAUGGCAGCUGGAUUAAGCCACCGCCUUCAUACCCUCCUAUACUUUCUAAUACAAACAUGCACUGCUUGGGCGACUUCAUAUGCAUGAGCCCUGGAAAAGGACCUGGCGCUGUAUACAGCCUCUCCGAGUUCGUGCAAAACUUUUACAAAUCGCCCCAUGUAGUGGCACAGAACAACAAGUAGAUAAUGAUUAUCUACAAAAGCACAUUAACUGAAAUCUCCUAAAAACAUAAAUCAAA